AUGGCUUUUAUCAUAAACUUUCUUGAUAGAAGAUCAAUAACAGUAAAAAUAGGUAAUGUCCUGUCAAAAACUCAAUACCUGAAAAACGGAGUUCCACAGGGUACUGUAAUAGCGGUGACUUUAUUUCUCAUUGCUAUAAAUGAGAUUAUAAGUAUUAUAGAACUUCCAGCGAUGGGAAUGUGGUUUGCAGACGAUGGGGCAGUGGCUUGUAGAGGAAAAAACAUAAAUACAUGCGUGGAAAGUAUCCAAGUGGCCUUAAAUAAAUUACAAGAGUGGCGUGACGUAUCUGGGUUUAAGUUUUCUGAAGCCAAAUCAGAAUUCAUGGUGUUUUCGAGGUCAAACAAGAUCAUACGUCCUACUCUUCUCCUUGGAGAAUUCCAAUUGCGUCAAGUAGCACAAAUGAAAAUUUUUGGCCUAAUAUUUGACCCCAAACUGAAAUGGAACGCACACUUGAAAGAGUUGAAAAGUGAAGGUAAAAGAAGAAUGAACAUCAUAAAAUGUUUAGCAUCAACUAAAUGGGGAGCAGAUAGUGAGGUUUUGAUAAAUAUGUAUAAAGCAAUAAUCAGAGCUAAGUUAGACUAUGGUGCUAUAUUUUACAAUUCAGCUAAUCCAGGCCUACUUCAACUAUUGGACACUAUUCAAACGACUUCGCUACGUCUUGCCAUUGAUGGAUUCAAAUCAAGUCCUACCCAUAGCAUAUUAGCUUAA